AUGCCAUGGUGGAAAAUGUUAAAUAAUCUGGAGAACAAGGUGGAGGAGACUGCUCGGGAGAAAGGUGGUUUACUAAUGAACGAAUGGUUGGUUGGUCAACAUGCAACUCAUGUGGUAUGUGAAGCUUCUUUGGUUGGAAAGUAUCUCGGUCAAUCCAACAAUCUUGUUACUGUAAGUUUUACAACUGAUGUACCACAACCUCUAUGGUUUCUGAAGAAGGUGAAGGAGAUGAGGUCGCAGAGGCUUGUCCAUUUGUCUGCUGACUUGGCAUGCCAUCUAGGAAUGACGAUGCACAAUAUUCUAGGUGGAAAUUGUCGAAAGGAUUGUGAUACGAUCCAUGAUUCUCGAGAUAUCAUCAAAGCUAGCCGCAAAGAGAAUCAAAGCAUAGCAAUGAUUGCAAAAAUGCGGGUCAAGAAUCGUCGCACGCAAGAUCAGGUCGGGUCGUUUACUUUGCCCACAAGGCUUAGCCCAUUCCUAUACGGGUUCUGA